AAAGGUGAUUUGACGUUUCCGAGAGGUUUGGCGCCAGCUAUUUCGCGGGGCGAAAGCACAAGGCGUCGUGUUUUCAAACACAAGCAAAAAGGCCGAGUGUCGUGCAGAAAGCAAGCCGAGGUGCUGAGCUCGAUAGGCGGACACUUUAGUAGCGCUCGUCCCCUUCUCGGUUUUCUGCUUCGAACAGUGCGUCAUCGCUGCGGACCGCCAGGCUGUGUAACGAUGAUGGCGUCGGCAGAGCCUCCCAGCGCCUUCAGCAUCGUCCCCCUGCUGGAGUGUCUGGAGGACGGCGCCGCUGGACGCCCUGAGCAGACCGACGCCUAUCUCACCAUUGCCAACCGCCUCAGUGGAGAGGAAGGUCGGCAGUUUCUCCCUGCAGUUGAAAAGCACUUUUCCCGUCUGGGCGCGGCCAUCUUGGCCCACGUCAGCAGUCCACACGCCGAGCUGAGCCAAGCGGCCUUGCAGGCGUUGGGGUUUUGUCUCUACCAUUCGCACGUCGUCUCGCAAGUUUCCGAAACCUUGGCCGCCGAUAUCCUGUCUGCACUUUGCUCGGUGGUGUCUAAUUCCACGGAGAAGAACACCUGCACACGGGCAUUGUGGGUCAUCUCCAAACAGAGCUUCUCCACCGACGUGGUGGGAAAAAAAGUCCCGUUUAUCCUGGCGAUGCUGGAGAGCAUUUGGAGCAAAGGCGACGUCCAGUCUGUGGUGAUGGAACACGAGGCUUUGAACGUGAUCAUCAGGCUGCUGGACCAGGUCCCUGUGCAGAUGGGCGAAGGCACGGUGCGCUGGGCCAAGCUUGUCAUCCCCCUGGUGGUGCACUCCGCCUCCAAAGUGCGUCUGCGUGCGGCGGCCGCCAUGGAGAUGAGCCUGCCGCUGCUCCUCCAAAAGCAGAUGGACGUGGCCGCCGUCAUGGAGCCUCUCAUGUCCACGAAGCUGAUCCCAGAGCUGCAGAAGCUUUUCAUAUCAAAGAAUGAAACGAACGUCCUGAAGCUCUGGUCGUUGUUUGUCAAACUUCUUGGCAAGAUGUUGCAUCGUGGCGGUCCCUUCAUCAACUCUCUGCUCCACCUGGAGGAGCUGGGCUUUCGCAGCUCGUCUCCCACCGUCAAGAAGAUCGCCUUCAUCGCCUGGAAGAGUCUCAUCGACAACUUUGCCCUCAACCCAGACAUCCUGUGCAGCACCAAGCGCAUGAAGCUCCUCAUGCAGCCCCUCAUGUCCAUCAACGUCAAGACGGAGGCACUGAUGCUCACCAAGGUGGAGGUGUGGUGGUACCUGGUGGUCCAGCUGGGCCCGAACCUGUUCCCUAACUUUGAUCAGGUGUCGGUUCCUCUGCUGCAGUACACCAUUGGAUCGGACUCCUCCUCGGCGCACGGCACCCCUGCCAGAGGAGCUGGUCAGAAUGGCGUCGCUCACCCCAAAACUGCGGGCUCGAACAGCAGCCUUCGACUCAGCAUGAACUCCAGCAUGCAGGUGCCCUCCGCCUUCCCCUCCAUCCAGCUGCUGGGCCUGGAGAUGCUGCUGCACUACUUCCUGGGAACCGAGGUUGUCGCCACGGCGGCCAAGAACAAGCUUGUGCUGACUCUCGAACCUUUAAAACAUUCUCUCUUGAGCGCUGCCUGUUCCUUCAGCAAACAUGCUGCUGUGCUCAUCUCCAGCAUCAAAGAUGGAUUCAGCAACGUCGGCAAGGAAGCUCCAGAGUCACUUUUGGCACUUCUAUGGAAUCAUCUUGUCCAUUUUGUCAGCUUAGCCACUGAGUCUGGCAGUAAGAAGGACAGGCAGGGCGGUGAAGUCCUGACGCAGAUGUUGCAAACCCUCGAGAGCAUCAUCCGCUCAGAAGCUCUUCCUGCAGAUAAAGUCCUGAUUCUCUUGGAGGGCACAGUCAAAGGCAUCUCCCCUCGCGUCCUGGGCUCUGCCGCCUACCAAGUGGGCAAGAUGGACGUGCUCAACGGAACGCCAGCACUUUUCCUCAUUCUCCUCCUCUUCGACAGCAGCAUGCUGGCGGCCUACAUCGAGGACGCCAGGUUUUACCACUGCCUCAAGACGCUGGUGGGCUGCGGCCUGUCGGGCCCAACCUCCCCGUUGGCGUUUGGCGAGGCGGUGCUUGGCGCCAUAAAGCGCAGCGCCGCCUGCGUGCACAACAAAGAGCACCUGCUGAGGAUGUGGAGCGCAAUGGUCGGCCCGCUGACGGACACCAUAAUGCAGUCGAAUGAAGUCAACCAAGGAGACGCCUUGGAGCACAACUUCAGCGCCAUGCACUCCGCCUUGUUGUUCCCCGUCACGCACCUGCUGAGUGGGACGCCUCUGCAGCAGGCGUCCCAGAAGUCCAUGCUGUCCACGUGGUCUAAACUCUACAAGGUGUUUGCACGCUGCUCUUCUUUGGUGGUCACGGCCGAAGAAAAUGUGUGCUGUGAAGAAAUCUGUGCCAAGAUGGCCACUACGGUGGACCGGGAGACCUUGAUGCUUCCAUCCUCGCUGAUAGUGACUUCUUGCAUCCUGCACGUCAUGGUGGAAUGUGUGGACUUCUCCCCGUACACGCCACACUUCCAGCAGAAGUUAAAGUCUCCCUGCACUCCAGGAACCUGGAACAAGAAGAAAAGCAAGGCUCUCGGGAACUUGUCCACCUUGGAGACCCUGCUGGUUCAGUGUCUGGAUGCGUACCUGGCUGGCCAGGAGGAGGUUCCGUCCGAGAGCACGGGCACGGCACUGCUCUCCGUCUUGUCCGCCCUCUUCACCAACCUGGUGCUUGGUCAAGCCGUCAAGGAGCUGCUCACUUCCUCCAUCCAGUCUCUCGCCGUCCUCUAUAAGAAAGCAGAAGGCGAGCCGCCCGAGUUCACAUCACAGAUUCUUACUAAGAUGGAGAAGCUUGUGAGCGAGAUCUUGAACUGCAUCCAGAGCCGCUCUGCUCUGGCCUAUGAUGACGACCUCCUGGCUCUGCUGUCUCCACUGCUUUGUGUGCUCUUCUCGCACAAGAACAAGCAGCACCGCACAGCCGUCACACACUUCUGGAAUUCCACCUUCGCCAACACCGUCAGCCUGACGUAUCCGGAGAAGCUCAGACCCAUCCUGACCCAGGUGAAGCAAAAGACUCCCAUCAUUCUUCCCGGGUUUGAAGCCAUCAGUGGUCCUGAUGAUCUCAGUGGACAGUAUUCUAGCGAGAGUUCCCAGUUAGAAACCAUACUCAGCGGUGUGCCAGUCGCCUCUGCAGGGAAGACGAUCUCUCUCCAGGAAAAGUCUGCUGUGGCAAAUGACCAAAGCUACAUCAAGACCUCCAAACUGGUCUCCACAAAGCUUGACUUUGGCUCCCCGAUGGUUCCCCGCAGGGAGGUCUUGGAAGAGCAGGCUUCUGUUGAUUUUGUCUUCAUUCCUCCUGAGACAAAGGAGAGAGUUUUAACAGAGCACCAAAAGGAGGUCAAAAGGACCAAAAGGGUGGACAUACCUGCUAUGUACAACAACCUCGAUGCCUCUUUGGAUACCACCGUUUUCACUCAGUACACACAAAGUCAGGAAGACUCUGUGGGCCAGCCACCAACUGAAGAAACUGUUGCCCAGGAAACUCCUGAAAAGGGUACUGAGUUGAGUGAGGUUUCUGACAUUCAAAGAAAGGACACUCAAGACUUUGAAGCUUUCGAGAAAAAGUCAGAGGAGGAGCCGGAGAUGAUACCUGAGUCGACCGAUGUUUCCAUGGAGGACGAUGCCAAGAGUGACGUCAGAGCUGAAGAUACAAGUGCACAGCCUACAAAGACGACCAGUCCCAACACGUCAGUCUCUGGAACUCCUCAGAAGUCUAGCAGUGGCAGUAGACGUCAGAACUUCAUUACUUUGGAGAAAUAUGCCGAGGGAAAACCUGCGAGCCCCAGCACUGUGUCCACCUUCACAGGAUCCCGAGUUAAGACCUCUAAUAGCCAGGAACCCGCGACAAACUCCGAUAGUCUUUCUCCCGAAGCAUCCCAAAAAGUGAGUCUGCAAAACUCUGAGAGUGUCUGUGAGAAGACCCUAAAGUGUCCAGUGAGUGAAAUCCAAGAGUCCCCUCGAAGGCCCAAAGUGGAUGGUGAAAGUCUAGUCAAGCCUGUCAGGUUGACUGAGAGGCUUACGAGUGAUGAAACUGUAGAUGAAGAUGUCAUCCCAGACACUCAGACUGAGGAUGCGGUCAUGGUGAAUCCUGCAGAGACCAUCACCUCAAUGGAUGUGACACCUUCAGAUUCAAAAGCGGAUUCUAUAGAGACUUUUGAUGAUUGCCAGUUGUCUGAAAGCCUGACCUCUCCCAGUGAUACGAACAUGAAUUCUCAAGAGACACUUGUUGAUUUGCAGUCAGCCAUUUCUCAGAGCGAGCAGAGACGACAAAGCCGCAGACAAAGUAAGCAUCUACUCCCGGGAGAAGAGCCAGUGAAGUCAGACAUGUUGUCAAACAGACCAAAUACCAGAAGCAAGCUAGCCAGUGAGAAGGUCACUGCGAAACUACGGAAAAGGUCUCUGAGGGACAGCGGGUCAGACAAAAUUAACUCUCCAGCCCGAUCACACAAGAAGGUUAAGCUAUAUAGCAGUUCGGGGGAGUUCCUCAUUAAACCAGAAAACAAAAGUAAAAGCAGCAGAUUCCAAAAUUCGAGUCAAACAAACGACCAGUCGGACUCUCCGUCUGAGUCAAGCCAGUCUCAGAGAAAGAGCAGCCGAUCUCGUAAAUCUUUAACAGAGCCUGAUGAGGAGAAUGGUAUAAAUGCAGAGUCUGUGAAAAAUUCCCAACAAGCUAACUUACUGUCAGAUACCCAGUCUGAUUCUGAUAGCCAAUCACAACAAAGACGCCGCCAGUCUUCUAAAUUAUCACACGAGCCCAAAGAGAAGGGUCUUACGGAGCCUGAACCAAUGUCUGAGAAAGUGCCAAGUCAAACUGCCUUAAAACCAGACAGCCAGUUUGAUUCUGAAAGGCGCCGUCGGUCUUCAAAAUCCUUACUGCUGUCUGAAGAGGAGGAUCUCCAGCAGCCAGAGAAAGUCUCUGGUCAAAGUGACUUACAAGCAGACACCAUGAAUGUUUCCGAAUCACAAGAACAACAUGAUCGGCCUGCCAAAUUGGUAUUGGAGCCUAAGGAGGAGAGUCUUAAUGGACAUGACACUACAUCUGACAAAAUGUCCAGUCAGACUGACUUUAAAUCAGAUAACCAGUCUAAUUCUGAAAGUCAGACACAGAACCAUCUUCGCAAACCUUCUAAAUUACUGCAGCAGAUACUGGAGAAAGGAUAUUUAAAGACGGAGUCUGAAUCAGGAGAUUUUGGGACAGACCUUAAAAUAGUCUCGCCUCAAACGGAUGACCAAUCCCAAGAAUGCGAUUUUGUUGAGCAAAACAAAACCACUGAAGGAGAUUCUCAGUUUGCUUCUUCAACUAGUGGUGAGUUUCAAGAUGCGGUGAGCACACCAAAGGGUCAUUUAAAGAUGGUUGAGCCUGAAGAACUUAGUCAAGAUUCCCAAAAGAUCAUGCCAGCGUCCACUGCAACGCCACCUCUAAAAACAUGCAGAAGACCAAGUAAGGCAUCUUCAGAGGACAGCGAUAAAAGUGAACUCAGGACUUCAUCCAGGAGGAAGAGCAAGGCUGCUUGUUCUUGUACUUCAGAAAGCUCCCAUUCAUUGGCUGGUGCAGCAUCCACUGAGUCCUCUCCAUUGAGGGGCAGAUAUUCACGGCGACAGUCUUCUACUACUGAAUCAUCUGAGUCAGAAUUGUCACAGGCCAGGAAACAUCCUUCACUGCCCACAGAGAGUCGUAGGAAAUCCAGAUUAUCGCCAAAUGCUCUGAAAUCACUUGAAAAAGUGGGUGCAAAGGAUUCUGCAACUCCAGAAACGUUGAAAACCACUAAAGUAGAAUAUGGUGAUUUAUCAAAAAGCUCAGAUUCUUCAUUUUCUGAAUCACCAGAGACUUUGGACAUCUCCAAAGAAAGACAGAUAGACAAUACUGAAGCAUUAGAGCCUGAAACUGCAGAGACUCCACUCAUUGUGUCACCGUGCAAGAAGCAGAGCAGACGAAGAGUCUCUGGAACCAAAACUCGUGCGUCUUUAGAAGAACCACAGCAGUUGGAAUCAGAAAUGAUAAACUCAGAAGAGCUCCCUACCCAGCAGAGUCAGGAGGACAUGCUUUGUGAGACUUCUGCUGCAGACACACCAGCUCCUCCCAGUGAGUCCCAAGAGAAGUUGCAGGAGGAGAGCAUAGCUGAGGUGGUUGAACCUGUAAAGGAUUUUGAUUCCAGUCAUCGUGAAGACGCAGUUGCUCCAGCCGUGGACGAACCUAACAGUUCCACACUUGGACAAGUCCAAGAAGAAGGUUCAAUUGUAGUUGAUGUUGAGGAAAAUUCCCCAAACCAGGACUUGGAAGACGUAUCAGAAAAAGAUGCCCCUGUGUGUGAUGGUGAUAAAGAUGAACUGUUGCCCUUAGAGAAAACCCAGACCACAGGCAUAGAUCCAGAUGCUGCUCUAAGCAGUCUUUGUACAUCCGACUUAACACACAGCAGUGUCGCCCACAAUUCGCCGGCGAAGAUUAAGGAUCUGGAGGCUGCUUUAGGGCCAGCCAUAGUCCUGAGUCCCUGCAGUAACAGGACCAAGGGCAUCUGGUCGCCAUCUGCCUCCCCGUCAUCGAGUAUCCUGAAGAAAGACCAGAAGCGACACCUGGAGGAGGAGACACCCUCACCUCCAGUGAAGUCCAGGCGUGUGUCUUUUGCGAAUCCAAUCCAACAACACGAGACUGCGGACGACAUUGAUCGCCGCAGCCCUGCCGUCCAAACCAGCUCCCCUCGAAGAUCCAAAGUUGCCAACCUCCACCAGCCCAAAUUAAUCACAACGCCAACAAAGGGCUCGACGAUCUUCAGUCCCAGGAUUCUUCGGAGUCCAGGUUUCAAGAGCUCUAAGAAAUGCCUGAUUUCUGAGAUGAGCCAGGAGCUCCGCCCCGUUCCCAAAGACUGCAUCUACCCGGCCCUGGUUGGCUGCUCCGCACCUGUAGAAGCUGUGCUGCCGCAGAUAUCCUCCAGCAUGUGGUCUCGUGGUUUCGGUCAGCUGGUGCGAGCGCGCAACAUCAAAACAGUCGGCGACCUCAGCUGUCUGACCCCCAGUGAGAUCAAGACGCUUCCCAUUCGCUCCCCAAAGAUCUCCAACGUCAAGAAGGCGCUCAAGACCUACGAACAACAGCGUAAAGGAAGAGGCCUUGAGGAGUUGAAGAGUUUUGUGGAGAUGGAGAUGAUGACCUCAGAGCUGGAGGAGACCAGCACGACUCCCAACCAGGAUGAUGAAGACAAGAGCAACGAAACGUUGGCCACAGAGUUGGUGGACCAGCCAGGUCCAGUUCCUACCGGGCAGGGUGACGAGCACUCAAGCCUCCAAACCCCCACCGGGGUCCCCGAGGCUCCUUCAGUGGCUCAAUGGGGUCUCCUGUCCCAGCUGGACUCUCUGGACAGCGAGAUGACUCCGCCUCUUCUCAACCAAUGUUCUCCCCAGCAGCUGUUGGACGUCCAUCAGCGUCUGACGGGCCUCACGAGGCGCGUCGUUCUGGAGAUGAGUGUUCGUCUCGGCGCCGCUCAGGAGCGUCCCUGAUUGCUCCGUGGACAACACCCCCUGUGCCCUUUUGUUUUUGGUUUUUAAAGUCACUUCUUCGUCUGCGUUUUACCAAACGACCCUUGUUUUAACAUACACACACUCUGUGUGUUUAGCUUGUAAAUAUUGUAGAACGAUGACUUGUUUUAAGCUAACAAGUAGGUUAGCAUUUAUUUUUAUUGUCAUGUGUGCUUUUUAAUCAGUUAAAAUAAAAACAUUGGAAUGAAUGUAUUUGAAAGAAAAACUGGAGUUUUGAAAGUGUUUUCUGUUCAUUUUUCAAAAGUGUGAUGAUAACCAUAGAGCUGGGCAUUGA